GAAUGAAUAAAUAUUGCAUCUGCAGGAUCAAAACAACAAUGAAGUUGACAGUAUUCGAUUGCACCAUAUAGAAUGGAAGUAAAAGAAUUUUUGCUCUCUCCAUCUUUGGCUCAGGUAAAUUUUACCACUCCUCUCAUUUCUCUGAUAUAAAUCAACAUCACUGUUAAUUUUCAAUGACAUGCAGUUCUGUAUUACAGUGCAUCUAUGGGUAAAGAAACAUUCGCAGUAACAUGAUGACACUUUCUGAAUCCAUACACGCUUUCUGGAAUCUAGCGGUUCUUGUCAAAUUCCUCAGCUAUCAUAUGUGGGUCCACUUCUGACACCCACUCCUUGUGGAUAUGAUAAAUCAUUGGAUGACUUAUUCUUUUCUGUGUCAUAAUGCUGCUGAGCCAUAUUUUAAUAUGCCUGAGGGCACUGAAGGAUCACUCUGCCUCUGAAGAUCUUGCAGGGGAUACAAGUAACAGUCUAUUAAAGUAAGGUUUCCACUUAUGAAAACAUUCUACAGACUUCAGGGAACAAAGUGCUGAACAGCAGCUCCCUGUAUCUUUUAAUAGAAGAGCAGAUGAGCUGUUUCCUGAAGACCUGCAAUUCUGAUUGAAUAAGUCUGUCAUGUAAUUCUGGGAACGCUAUGAGAUCUUGGUGGAAGGCACCCUCUAGCAACAUGGAAGCCAUUUGGGCUUGUCUUUGGAAGUCAGGUGAUGUGAAAUAUGAAUUCGAAUAGCAAAGAGCACUGUCUAUAACUUUGAAAUAUUCUCCUCGAUAUGAUUUCUGAUGCAUAUGAAAUUUGCUGAUUGCCUUUUUCCAGUUUUUUAAUCCAACUGAAAUUAAUGCUUCAUUCUUGCAUUUUGACAUUUAUAUCCAUCAAAUAUUGUUUUGCUGCUUUUGUGCAAGUGUGGCAUGUCUGUAUUUGGCGGCACAUGCAGCCAAGCAUAUUCUUCAAACCAUUUCGACUGAAAUUUAAGUAUUUUGCAUUUCAAUUUAUGUUCGGGUAAAUGAGAGAUACCAGAAUGGUUUUGCUCCUUGGGAAAUGAACUUGAAGGUGCUCCUAGCUUUGAGGCCGAACUACCCAAAUGGGCAGGUGUAGAAGCAAUGGCAUGGGAUUGGGUAGCUGAAGGGUCAUCUGAACUACAAUUUGGGAUUGUUGAUGAGAAAUCUGGACCUUGCUCUGCUGUAACACAUGGGUCAAAUUGAAUAUCAUCACAAGAAUCUUGGGUAUGUACUGGACUAUCAUAACUUGCAGCUUAAGUAGAGGCUGGAUUACGUGGUGGGUGUGGUUGAAGUCGGAAUUUGAACAUGGUCAUGUUUAGAAACCAGAGAGAUUGACGGAAGAGAUUGGUUGAUCAGAUGUGGCUGCCAAAGUAAUGGCUGGUCCAUUUAGUGUGGCAUGCGAAGGGUUGACUGGAUGACCAUAUGUGACAGUGGAAGGGGAAACCUGAUGAUCAGAUGUGGCUGCUGAAGAGGACAUUUGGCAUCCACAAGUUGCAGCAAAAAAGUGUUGUAGCCGAAGGGGAGACUGGACAAGCAGGGCUAUAGAAAUUGAAACAAAAUUUAAAUUAUUAAUCAUUUAUGCUUAUUUGAUUUAGUAUUUACAUGUUUCAAAAUGAUAUGAUAGUUUGGGUAAAAUAAGUGAUACUACAAUCAGUAUGUACUGAUGAAGCAGGAAAAAUCGAUGACAUAACUUACGUUGACCCGGAAAAAUACUACAAUGCCUCUGAUAGACUCAUUGUGUGGUAAAGGCCUGGGGCUGUAUUCUGAAAACGUUCUAUUCUUAUAUCUUAUCUAUGUCACAAUCUCAAAUUAGUUUUCUGAAAACAUUGUUAUCUUUUUGAUGGACAACACAAAAACUAAAUGCCUAAACCAGACCACUUUGUUGUUAAGGCGCAAAAAAGAUGACUUGUACUUUUUGAAACUAGCACUUGAAAUAAAGGAAUCCAGUGUCCUUUGCCCUUUUCUGGUUACAGGUGCAGUUGAAGGCUGACUUGAUAUUCACAUCUGUAAAAAUGAAAUACACUUAUUAGGCAGUUGACAAAGUAGAUGAGUGAAGGCUGGCUUGAGUCGGUGAAUGAAGUAGUAUCUGUAGCAGGAGAGUAGACUUGAUGUUUCGGGCAGUGGUCUAUUGUAGGUUUAAACAUGCAAAACAAACAGAAAGACUCUCUCUUACCCUCGAUAUUUGACUGCACAAGCUUCCUGUAUGCUAAGCCUGGAGGAUUCAGACUAAAAUUAAUUUCACAAAUGCAAAGCUUUAAUCAUGAUGAAGCCUCACAUCUUAUUUAAUUGUAUUCAAGCCUAAAUUUUGCAUAUAUUUCAAAACUAUUUUUUUUCUUUUUUUCAGGUUGGCAGCCACGUUGGUUUGUUUUAGACAAGGGUAUCUUGACGUAUUACAAAUCACAAGAUGAGAUGCAGCAGGGUUGUAAAGGAUCUGUCAAGAUGGCUUGCUGUGAAAUUCAAGUGCAUGGUACAGAUGAGUUGAGACUAGACUUAAUCAUUCCAGGAGAACAGCACUUCUACGUCCGAGGGACAACCCCUGCCGAUCGUCAGAGAUGGCUAGUAGCCCUAGGAUCAGCUAAAGCCUGUCUUGCAGACUCUAAGAUCCAUCAAAAGAAAGAGGAAUCAGAAGACACAUUACGUACUAAGAUGUCAGAGCUAAGACUCUAUUGUGACCUUUUGACCCAGCAAGUUGCCAACGUUAAGGCGGCCGGAUCUUCAGGACCAGGGACCCCUGAUAUUGAGAAACUGAACGAGUCGUCAUCGUUACUUUCUGCUACUUGCGACACUUUCAUCAUGACAUUACAAGACUGCAUGAAGCUUGCCAAGGAAUCUUUCAUUCCAAAUAUCCACAAUAUGGAUAUCAGUAACACUGUACUGCCACCCUCAACUCCUUUCUCUGAUAAGAAGAAGUCAGGAAUGCAGAGAUCUAUAUCAGCAGAAGACAGAUAUACUCCACAUUCAGCCAACAAGCUCGGGGUCACAACUCGUUACCGUAACCUUGAAGACAUGGCAGCUCGUUCAACUCCCCGCUCUCGCCCUACCAGUCGAACUCCGAGCAUCAGCAGUCAGGAAGGGGUGCAGGCCGCCAUAGCAACCACCCCAAACAAUGAGAGCAAGAGAUCACUAUCUCAGCCAACCACACCCGUAGUUGAAGAGAUGCCUGUGGUAGUGAAUGGAGCGAGUCCAGCAACCAGCUUGGAAGCAACAGUACCAACAUUCUUCUCAGAACUCUCAACCAAAUUUGUUGAUAUUCAAGUAGAACCUGAUAAUAGUAUACCUACCCAGCCAUUCCUUGAUGCUUGUACUUGUAUAGUUGGAGUAUUUGAUGCCUUGAGUCCUACUGCAUUUGCACCUGUUAAAAUGGAUGUCAAUGGCAACAUACGGAAACUUCGUCAGAAGCAGAGUAGCAAUCCUGAGAUGUUUAUGAAUCUUCAAGGUAUGGUCCAACAAGAAGUCAGAAGUAAGACCACACAAGUCAAGAACUCAGCGACAGACGCCCUCAUGUGGCUAAGGAGAACACUGGAAUUCAUACGAGAGUUCUUAAAUGAGAUCUUGACUGGAGAGCGAGACAUGAAUCUUGCAGCAACAAAUGCCUAUGGAAGAACUCUGAAGAGGUACCAUGGAUGGGUAGUACGAGGUGUAUUUGCACUUGCAGCCAAGGCUGUCCCUACCAUAGAGUACUUCCUUCAGUUCUUAGCAGUGAACAAAGAAGAUGCAGAGAGAGAUGACUUUGAGAACAUCAUCUUUGCAGACCUGAAGGAGUGUGUAACAGCACUCACCAAACUCACAACCAUUCUCAAAGAUCAUUAUGAAGCAGGUAGUCUGGAGUCAGAUGAGAUCGUAUGAUGUGGGUUUUUUUGUGUAUGUUUAAUGAAUUGUUGAUUUUGUGUGUACUUGUUGUGUUUACACUUGUGUAAAUACAGCCGACAUAUAAAUUGAAGGCUUCUAGAAAUAUUUAAAUCAUCCAGAGUUAAGAUUAUAUUUCUUUUAAUCAUGCAUUUGGAAUAUCAUGUUGACUAUUUCAAUUAAAUUUAUUUAUAUUUAACCUGUCCUUUUGAUUUUAGUAUUAUAUAUGAAUUUAUUAGAUGAAAUAUUUCUAAUUUUUACACAUCUGUCCACUGUAUUGAGGCAUGCUUCCUGGGAGGGGGUUAUAUUUCAUACAGUUGUUUGUAAUUUAUGAACAACUUUAGGAAAGACUGGUACCCAUUCUUGUUCUUAAUUAAGGUUUGAUUGCCAUUAGUUUAAUCUGCUAUUUGUAUAUUGAAAUUCCUUUCAAAAGCAUCUGAUUGCAAAGUUUUCUAAUUGUCACAAUCCUAUUAGAGUGGAAAUUCAGUCCCACUUUGUUGAAAAACCGAUAUUAGUUUCAGCUAUCUCUUACGCACAAGAACUGGUCUGUCGUCAUCUGUAAAGUCAUGUAUAAAGUCAAGUUAAACUUACAGAAGCUCUAUGAAACAUUGCUAUGGUCAUCGGUCCAUACCUACCAUUAUCAUAACUGAGAAAUCUCAUGGCAGUUCAACUUCAAACUAGUCUCAUAUGCUAUGCAUAUAGGAAUGAUAGUGAUCUGAUGAGGAUUUCAAGAUUAAAGGUUUCAUAGGUCAUAUAACAUAAGGUCCUUGCAUCUAAAGAAAUGUUUCCUGUAUCAACUUCAAACCUGUUUUAUGUGUAAUUCUGUAUUAGACUGACAGUAUGAAUUACAUUAUAUGCCUGAAAAUUGUUGAAGGUUAAUAUGUAUUAUGUUUUAGACCUAGCAAUGGUGUUGGCAUAUAUUUUGAAUGCAUGCAGCCAAGAAUAAUCCGUCUACUUUUAUUUUUUGCUUUUUAACAUGUCUUACAUUCAAAUACAUUUGAAACAAAUCGAUCCUAUUUAAAUGUUCGUAUACAUGUAUGAUUUUCCAUGUAUAUAAAUUUCUUUACAAUACUGUUUUUUUUUAAUAGUAGCUUGUUUGCUUACUUUCAUUGCUUAUGUAACAGUCAUGUGACUCUAAUACAUUUUUUUAGAUUGUACCCUAAACUUGAGGGUGUAAUACUUGUCAAUGUUUUUACAAGUAAUAACUCAUGCUCUGUGUCAUGUUGGCCUUUUCCAAUACCUUAAUGUAGAAGAUAAACCUAUUAAAAGAGAACUGGCCUGAAUUUGUAUACUUGAUUGUUUGUAGGACAAACAUUGAACUUACACAUGACUAACAUACAUUUGUCCUUUAUACUAGUAAGUGAGUCACUUACAGAUGAUUUGUUUCAAAGUUUUAAUGGCUAAAAGGAAAUUAUCUUGCAGUUUCUUUUGUAAGUAAUCCCUGUUUGUUUGUUUUUUUUUUCAUAGUAGAUUUAUGCAAAUUAUGGAGGCUUGUCCGUGAACAUACUUUCACCCAUAUUGAUUUGAUAACUUCCCUUUGAAAUUCAGAGAAUUGUUUUCAGAUCUAUACGAGAGCUUAUAUUACAUGUAUAAUUUAUGUGCCAUUUAUUGUAUUUAUUGCAUUUAUGUUUCAUUGUGAAUCACUUGUCAUUUAAACUUCAUUUCCACCCCAGAAAAAUGUUGAUUUGAAUAAAUAGAGAAAAAUCAAAUUAGCAUAAAUCUGAAAAUUUCAUCAAAAUCAGAUGUAAAAUACGAAAGUUAUGACAUUUUAAAGUUUCGCUUAUUUUUUACAAAACAGUGAUAUGCAUAACUCAGUGACAUGCAAAUGAGACAGUCGAUGAUGUCCCUCACUAUUUCUUUUGUUUUUUAUUGUUUGAAUUAUACAAUAUUUCAUUUUUUAACAGAUUUGACAAUAACAGGGUUCCCAGCCCAUCAGGGAAAAUAAUUUUACUUUUUUCCAGUCAGGGAAAAAAUCAGGGAAUUUGAUAGAAAAUACCUCAAAUAAGGGGAAAAUGCCUCAAAAAGGGGAAAAUCAGAAAAUUUUGAUCAGCCCAAAAGUGGAAAGCAGGGUAGUCAGUCAGACUCUGUUAUAUUUUUUGCAUAUGAAAGUGGCAUCUUUAACAUAGUGUGUUGUAAUUUAAUGAUAUAUACUAGGAUUGCCUUGAAUCAACCGCUUUCUGUAUAAGAUGAGGAAAGGUUGGCUGUAUGGGGAGCAGGCACGCCGGAACACUUUCAGUUUUAGGGGGGCAAAAUCCAGAAGGGGGCACAAUAUUUUUGACAACGUGAGAUACCGAAGCGAUCGAGCGGGAGAGGGUGUGGGACCCCCCACGGUAAGGACUUUGUGUAAAAAUGGAGUAUAAAAGUUGCGUUUCUAAGAAGCCGACACAGCCUGCAUGCAUUGGUGAACCACUUUCAAUUUGCCAUUCGGUUUUAGUCUGAAAUGUAUUCAUUAAAAGAUUAAACGUUAUCACACUGUAAUAAGAUGGAAAAGGGGCUUAUCAAAGGUAUGUUUCACAGAGGGACAUGUUUGUUAAAAGACGCGGGGCUUACUGUGAUAUGUAAUUGCCCCGUCGGCGAAAUUUUUCCAUUUUUGACAAUGGAAAUGACAAUUUUUAGGCAGAAAAGUGCCUUCAUCGUUUACUUUUGUCCUUAAAAAAUUUAUAAUUUUUCUCCUUUUAGGGGGGGCACAUUGGGGGGGGCAAAAUCUCGUUUUGCCCCCCCCCCCAAUUUUAUUUGGGGGGCAAGUGCCCCCCGCUUCCGGUGCCCUUGAUGGGGAGAAAGGAGUCCAUUAUAUGCCUGUGUAAUAGUACUAAUUAGUUUUACAUUAUUGUUUUUAUACUGAAAAUAAAUGUGAUUCACUGAAACAAUUUAGAAAACAUGCAAAACUGGGAAUGGGUAUAAAUAAUUAUCAGGGAAUUUUGUUUUCUUGAAAAGCUGGGAACCCUGAGUAAGGACCAACUUGACUGAACCAUAUGGUAUCAAAUUCUACAUGUUCAGGAAGGAAUCAAACAUUGUUUCACUUGACAAUGAGGAGAAAAUUAGAAUAUUGAUAUUUCGUAUAAUAAAAUACAAAAGAAAGAGUGAGUGGAUGACGUCAUCAGUCUCCUCAUUCGCAUACCGACUAGGAUGUGCAUAUAACUGGUUUUGUGAAAUUAAGCAAAAUUUUAAAAUGUCGUAACUUUCUUAUUUUACAUUUGAUUUUGAUGGAAUUUUCAGUGUUAUAUAUGCUUUUUGUAUUUUUCUCUUUUUAUUCAAAUCAACUUCCUGUUGGGUUGGACUUGUCCUUAAAGUGUUAAUAUGUUAUGAUACAUUUAUAUGAUAAUAUUUUUUCAGACCUUAUGUGAGACUAUAUCAGUAGUCAAUUCACUGUUAUUAAUUCAAAAUAAUUGUUGAAAUGUUUUUCAUGGAUUAUAUUUUAUCAAUCUUUAUUGCAAUAUUGCUGAACAACGAAUGACGUUGGAGAGAUUAUUGAAUUAAAUGUUUACAUUAAACACA